GACGACAGAGACAACCUUUCUGAAGAGGCCUUAUGCGCGAAAUUGCGUUUGGAAAUUACUAUUUCCUACGUAGCACAAGCAUCUAUUUCGUUUCUUUAUCCAUGGAAUCAACUUUUGCGAGUAAUUUUACGAAAUUGUUAUAGUUUAGACGAAAAUUAAUUCGGUUGAAAUGACUUUUAAUUUUGUUUUGGCCGAUUUUUUUAUGUGGACUUUUUUGAUAUCUUUUACUUUUAUUAUUAUAUAAAUGUUUUGUCCUACAUACCCCCACGUUAUCAUUCGCCCGGUUAGCCAACCCACAGAGUUCAGCCAAUCGAACUGACUAUAAAUGGUUAUCAUCGGAUAUGCAAAAAUGUUCGUUAUUUUGUUGAAAUGGCUACGAUCAAACGGGGGCGACAGUUUUUGGGAUUUAACGUCGCCGUAAUUAAAUUUUGCAUGUUAUGGACAAAUAAUUUUGAAGAAAAAUACAGUGCGAAACGUUUUCUUAAAGACGCUACUAUGAUUUUUUCGUUAAUGCCCUGCGCUUUGUCGAUUUUCGCCGAUUUCAUGAUGCAACUUUACGAUGGAACUGAAAGCGUUACCUCGAUAGUAGAAAAUGUAAUCGCUUUGAUAUGUAUCAUCGGCAUGAUCUACAUGGUUGUUUGUUUCGCGCGUAACAGAAAAAACAUACAUUUAUUACUGGUUAAGAUUAACAGCUUUAAAAAAUAUGGAAGUUUCGGCGAGGUUUUGGAAGUCGACGAGAAGGCCAACUUGUUCAGUAAAUUGUUUAUAUUUUACGGCAUACUGGGAAACUUCGUUUAUAUGCUGAUGCCGCAGCUGAGUAUUCAAAAAUGUCAAGCAAAACGCAACAUGCAAAUGAUAAACGACGAUGUCCCUUGCGGACUGGUUGUACGGUCCAGAUUUCCGUUUAAAUUUGACUAUUCUCCUAUGUUUGAAAUCGUAUUCGUCCAUCCAAUCUAUACAUGCACCGUGGUUACCAUUGUGGUGCUCGUUUUAACGAUGCUGCUAUGCGGUUUUCUGAUGCACGUUAUACAUCAGCUGGGCCAUUUGAAAAAAUACAUAGCUGCGUUAAAAGACGAGCACCCGCAGGAGAAAAUUUAUGCGAAACUGGCUAAAUGUAUUAAGUACCACAUCCAAAUUAUAGAAUAUUCCCAAGAACUUGCAAAUUCGUUUAGUAGCAUGUUACUGUUUUACAUUACACUGACUUCUAUUGUUUUAAGCGUGUUAUGCUUCGAAAUAAUUAUGGUAGAAGCUUUUGAAGAUUCGGUCAGAUUCGCUUUACACCUGGUGGGCUGGCUGAUUAUUUUGUUGUCCGUGUGUUAUUACGGGCAGCAACUUAUAGAUCGAAGCCAGAAUAUCGCUGACGAUGUAUAUUCCAUAAAAUGGGUUAAUCAAACUGUCGAAAUUCAAAAACGAAUACACAUGAUUAUUUUGAGAUCUCAGACACCUUUAACACUGUCAGCUGCCGGUAUGGGAGUAGUUUCUCUGCCGGCUUUUCUGAAGGUGUUGAGCUCGGCCUACUCGUUUUUUACCCUGCUGUUAAAAUUCAAACCGUAGGUCAACUAGAAAAUAGACACACUGAUGUUGACAAGUGAUAUAAUAGAAAGCCAUACAAAAUAUACGUUUUAUUUUUUUA